AUGGCUAGUAAACCCUUUGUGGAGUCAAUUUUACAGUUAAUCAACACAUUCUUCAUCAUAUGUGGAUUAUGGACAUUGGGUUAUGGAAUAAUUUGUUUAUUGAAGUGGAAGCAAAACCCAUUGAAGGAUCCAAUUCCUAAUAGCAAUAAUGCCAAAUUGAUGAUUGUUCAUCGCCUAUUGCUUUCUGUUGAACUUUCAAAACCCUCUUUUGAUUUACUUCCUAAGUGGAAGCAGUGGAAGCAAAAGGAUCCAAUUCCUAAUAGCAAUAAUGCCAAAUUGAUGAUUGUUCAUCGCCUAUUGCUUUCUGUUGAACUUUCAAAACCCUCUUUUGAUUUACUUCCUAAGGCUUGGUUUAUCUACCUCCUAAUCGUAAUUGGUGGAAUACUCCUCAUUAUCUCUUGUAGUGGAUUUGUUGGAAUAGCAUCAAGAACCCCCAGUUGUUUACUUUUUUAUUGUGAGUUCUUGGCUCUACUUGUCAUAGUUGAGUUGGGGAGUGCAGUUUUCAUAUUCUUCGCACACAAUUGGGAAAAGGUUAUACCGAAAGAUACAAGUGGUAGAUUUAUCUCAGUUUAUGGCUUCAUGAAUGUCCAUUGGAGUGUCCUCAGAUGGAUUGGUCUUGGUGUUUUUGUAUUACAGGUGAUCGCUAUGCUUCUAGCAUUAUACUUGAGAUCAGUGUUCAAGAAAGAUCAUGAUAAUAAUGAUGAUAAUGAACGCAUUGUGCAUCUUUCUCGUGUUAGACCAUCCAAUAAUAAUUACAGGAUUCAUGAAAUUCCAAUAGUACCAAAGCCAAAUAUCCAACAAGCUAUAAGGCCACAUAAUUAG